AUGGGCACCCCAACACGGGUGAGGGAAGGGCGCCAGGUCAUGCGAUGCCCAAGGCCACGCGACGGGCACCCCAACACGGGUGAGCGAAGGGCGUCAGGCCACGCGGCGCCCAAGGCCACGCGAUGGGCACCCCGACACGGGGUGCCGAGCGCCGCGCGGGGCCCGGGGGGGCGUGUGCCGCCGGGGGUGGGGGCGGGUUGUGCGCGGUCCGCACUGACGGCGUCUCGUCCGCAGACGUGUCCGCUGCUGCUGCGCGUCUUCACCACCAACAACGGGCGCCACCACCGCAUGGACGAGUUCUCCCGCGGCAACGUGCCCUCCAGCGAGCUCCAGAUCUACACGUGGAUGGAUGCAACUCUAAAAGAGCUGACCAGCUUAGUGAAAGAGGUCUACCCCGAAGCACGGAAGAAGGGCACACACUUCAAUUUUGCAAUUGUUUUUACAGAUCUCAAGAGGCCUGGGUACAGGGUGAAGGAGAUCGGCAGCACCAUGUCGGGCCGCAAGGGCACGGACGAUUCCAUGACGCUGCAGUCGCAGAAGUUCCAGAUAGGAGACUACCUGGACAUAGCGAUUACGCCUCCGAAUCGCGCGCCGCCCCCGUCGAGCCGCAUGAGACCCUACUAAACCGCUGCUGCUCUGUGUCUUUAUUUGCAGUUUACUCCUACUUGCUGUUCUAAAGCAGGCUGGCUUUUUGCUUUUGUUGCUAAGCGGGAACACCUGAAAACAAAGCUGGGCAUCAGAAAUGAGCAUUACCUU